AUGGCGAGUGUGUACAUACCCGUUCAGAAUUCGGAAGAAGAAGUUAGGGUUGUUCUUGAUCAGCUCCCUCGUGACGCUUCUGAUAUUCUUGAUAUCCUUAAAGCCGAACAAGCUCCUCUUGAUCUCUGGCUCAUCAUCGCGGUUCGUUCUUUCACUCAAUUUCCAUCUUUGCUUGAAUUUGCUCGAGGUCCUAUUUAG